AUGUGGUGAGCUGGGCCGCUAAAUACUCAGCCAACAUGUCCUCAUCAGAUCCUAAUAAUGGUCCGAGCCAAGCGCCUCCUUUUCCUGGUGUCCCACCAGCAGGCAUGCACCCUCCUUUUAUGGGACCACCUGGAAUGCCGCCUCAUUUCCCUCCCAUGGGAAUGCCACCUAUGGGACAGAGGCCCCCCAACAUGGCACCAGGCAUGCCGCCAGGCAUGAUGCCACCCGGCAUGAUGCCACCUAUGGGGGCGCCGCCAAUGGCACAGAUGCCAGGCAUGAUGCCGCCCAUGAUGCCCGGGAUGAUGAUGCCACCUCGCAUGCCAGCUGCGUCACUGCAGCCUACGGGGCCGCCUGGUGUGAGCCCUGUGGAAAAUGCAGCUCCCAGUGCUGCAGCGACGACUGCAAGCGCCACAACAAAUGACUCGCCACAGGACGACCAACCAAAGAAGAAGUCUGCGUGGACAGAGCACAAGUCUCUGGAUGGGAAGGUCUACUUCUACAAUACGGAGACCAAGCAGUCCACCUGGGAGAAGCCUGAUGACCUCAAGUCUACUGCUGAGCAAAUGUUGUCCAAGUGUCCAUGGAAGGAGUACAAAUCAGACACCGGCAAGCCAUACUAUUAUAACUCGCAGUCAAAGGAAUCUCGCUGGACCAAGCCCAAAGAGCUCGAAGACCUGGAGGCGAUGAUCAAGGCAGAAGAGAAUGGCACUGCGGACGCGGCCGCUCCAGGAACCGCAGCCGCCGUGGCCGUGGGGGGCCAGCCAGAGCCGGCCCUGAACGCAGCCUCCGUGCCCAACGCGGACCCCAUGGCUGCUGCCAUCGCCGCCAACGCGGCCAUGACUGCUGCUGUGGCCGUUCCGGGCGUGGUGGACAUCCAGGCACCUCACAUGAUGGGCAUGAUGAUGACUAUGCCCGACGCAGCUACGGAGGCAGCCAUCAACAACAUGGAGGACGCGGCCAGUGCAGAGGCCCCCGUCAGCAAUGAUGUGAAAGAGGAGCGUCCGGAGCUGGUGAAGAAGGUGUACAAGUGGAACACCAAGGAGGAGGCCAAGCAGGCCUUCAAGGAGCUGCUCAAGGAGAAGGGUGUCUCAUCCAACGCCUCCUGGGAGCAGGCUAUGAAGAUGAUCAUCAACGACCCUCGCUACAGUGCACUGCCCAAGCUGAGCGAGAAGAAGCAGGCCUUCAACGCCUACAAGGUGCAGACGGAGAAGGAGGAGAAAGAGGAGGCGCGCAUCAAGUACAAGGAGUCCAAGGAGACCUUCCAGCGCUUUCUGGAGAACCACGACAAGAUGACCUCCACCACCCGAUACAAGAAAGCAGAGCAGAUGUUUAAUGAGCUGGAGGUGUGGUCCACGGUUCCUGAGAGGGACAGGCUGGAGAUCUAUGAGGACGUGCUCUUCUACUUGGCCAAGAAGGAGAAGGAGCAAGCCAAGCAGCUGAGGAAGAGGAACUGGGAGGCUCUGAAGAACAUCCUGGACAACAUGGCCAACGUGACGUACCGCACCACCUGGUCCGAGGCCCAGCAGUACCUGCUGGACAACCCCACCUUCGCAGAGGACGAGGAGCUCCAGAACAUGGAUAAGGAGGAUGCGUUGAUCUGCUUCGAGGAGCACAUCCGCACGCUGGAGAAGGAGGAGGAGGACGAGAAGCAGAAGGGACUGCUGAGGGAGAGACGCCGCCAGAGGAAGAACAGAGAGGCCUUCCAGAAAUUCCUGGAUGAGCUUCACGAGCAGGGCCAGCUGCACUCCAUGUCGGCCUGGAUGGAGAUGUACCCCACCAUCAGCUCCGACAUCCGCUUCAGCAACAUGCUGGGACAGCCAGGGUCUACGCCUCUAGACCUGUUCAAGUUCUACGUGGAGGACCUGAAGGCCCGUUACCACGACGAGAAGAGGAUCAUCAAAGACAUCCUCAAGGAUAAAGGCUUCCUGGUGGAGAUCAACAGCACCUUUGAGGACUUUGGGUCAGUCAUCAGCUCUGACAAGAGGGCCACCACUCUGGACGCUGGCAACAUCAAGCUGGCCUUCAACAGCUUGCUGGAGAAGGCGGAGGCUCGUGAGCGCGAGCGUGAGAAGGAGGAGGCCAGGAAGAUGAAGAGGAAGGAGGCGGCCUUCAGGAGCAUGCUCAAACAGGCCACGCCCCCACUGGAGCCAGAGGCCACCUGGGAGGGGGUGCGAGAGCGCUUCCUAAAGGAGUCAGCGUUCGAGGACGUCACCCUAGAGUCGGAGCGGAAGAGGAUAUUUAAAGACUUCAUUCAUGUCUUGGAGCACGAAUGUCAGCACCACCAUUCCAAGAACAAGAAGCACUCUAAGAAGUCCAAGAAGCACCACAGGAAACGCUCACGCUCUCGUUCGGGUUCGGAGUCUGAGGAUGAUGACUACCACAAGAAGAAGAAGCGCUCCACCUCCAAGUCUCCAUCAGAGCACUCCUCCUCUGGAGAGUCAGAGAGGAGCUAUAAGAAGUCCAAGAAACACAAGAAGAAGGGCAAGAAGAGGCGUCACAAGUCGAACUCCCCAGAGUCAGAUGGUGACAGGGACAGGAAGGGUCGGGAUAAGGAGCGAGAGAAGGACAAAGAGAACGACAAGUCCAGAGGGAAGCCACGAGAAACAUCCAAGCAGAAGUCGCCCAAGAGGAAAUCGACUAAAGAGGAGGGGGGCUGGGAUACAUCUGGCAGUGAACUAAGCGAAGGCGAGUUGGAGAAGAGGAGACGGACUCUUCUAGAACAGCUGGACGCCCCGUAGUUUAUCUAGUUCAUCGAGUUUGUUUUUAACCCUUUCGUGUGCCACAAGAAUGCAUUCCAUCUCUCGUUCUCUCUGCUGGUCAGGCAGCGUGCUGUGCGUUGCAGUCCAACAGGGGGGGCCUGUCUCUCCCAUUUCAGGCACUGCAGUGGAUGCUGUCUUUGGGAGAAGGCCCACCCCUCUGCUGACCUUUUUUUGUUUUCUUUUUGUUGUUUUUUUGCCCCUUGUUGUCUUUUGUAAGUCAUCAGUGACUCACACAAUGUGACUACUCAUGAUGUGUGGUUAUGAAGCACUGUCACCCAGAUUUCGCUUCUCGUUAGCUUCUCUUACGAUGUUGCCUUUUUAUUUUUUAAGAAGUCUUUGGUCUUUAUUUUUGUAGCUAGUUUUUUUUUUUUGGCGUAUGUACCUUGGUGGAUGAUUGACCUGAUAAUUGACUGAUAAAUCACUAAUUUAAACAAAGCCCUCCCACAUGUACUUUAGCUGCCUUCCAGAGAGCCGUCAUACGCUAAAGUGAAUGAACUUCCUGUGAAUAGUUUUCAUUAUUCAGUCUUCUCUGGAUCAUAGCGGACAUGGACAUUGUUUUUUUUUGGAAUGUUACCACAGGACUUUGUAAAGCGAACUGGUGUGCAAGCAUCGUGGAGAAUUAUUUUAAAUGUAAUGCCUGUAGGUCCUGACAUAAUGUGUAAUAAACAAAAAUAAUUGUUAAAAA